AUAUCCUUACAAACUUGAUCCUGUAAGAAGUGAAGUUUGAUUUUUAAAAUUAAUGAAGUUAGUAAUAUAACAUUAAAAAUAAUGGAAACGGAUAGUCAAGUCAUUAUAGAGGAAUUGUACGAUUGUGAAUCAGAUAUAAUUGAGAAAGUUGAAUUAGACGAAGACGAAAUUGUUAAUGAUCAGCAAAUAUAUCAGUGCAGUUCCUGUAAUUUUAGUUUUACGGAUGUUAAUGAACAUCUACAAAAGUAUCAUGACAUAAAUGAGAAUAUUGAGCAUCAAACUGAGGAUGAAGAGUUAGUUUUAGAGGAACUGGAUGAUGAAACAGACAAUGAAAUUAAUUUAGCACCAAUUGUCAAGAAUGAAGAUGGCAAGUUCGAAUGUAAUGAGUGCCAGAAGUCAUUUAAAGUCUACAAACGAUUUGUCAGCCAUCUAAAGACUCACAACAGCUUAAUGGUUGAGGAUUUUAGUGAAUUAGAUCAGAAUGUCAAGGUUGAGUUUAAACAUAAUGAAUAUAUGGAGCUUGAAGGAACUGACGGGACAAUUUUUCGUUGCAAGCACUGUAAUGCUGAUUUCAACUCGAGGAAGAGCUUGCUCUUGCAUCUUUCGAUCCACAAAAAUGUAGCAGAAGCUCAAAGUAAGGAAAAACUCUUUGGAAAGCAAACAACUGACAUUAUUAAUUGCCAAAUAUGCAACAAGUCAUUCAGCAACAAAUUAGAGUUUGAUUUACAUGUUCAAGCACACGAUGAAAACAGCCCAAGCACUUCAAAGUCUUAUGUACCCAAAAAGACAGCAACACCACAGAAAGGUGUUCAUCCAUGCCAAUAUUGUGGAAAGAUCUUUAAGAGACCACACGAGAAAGUUAAGCAUGAGCGUAUCCACAGCGGAGUCAAGCCGUAUACAUGUGAUCUCUGUGGCAAGCAGUUUCGAGUGACUUAUUGCCUAUCGCUGCACAAAAGGAAUGUCCAUUCAGACGACAGACCUUAUAUCUGCACAUUUCCAGGAUGUAAUAAGCGUUUCAAGGCACAAAGUGUCUAUAAUCAUCACAUCAAUACACACUCAGAUGAAAGGAAAUUCCAAUGUCCAUUCUGUCCAAAGACUUUCAAGACAUCAGUUCAACUAGCUGGACAUAAAAAUACACACACCAAACCAUUUUCGUGUCAGAUCUGUAAGCGUCCAUUCUCGUCACUUUAUGCUGUAAAGAAUCACAUGGAAACGCAUAAUAAUCAAGACUCAAACUUAAAGUUAGCAUGCAAGAUCUGUGGUGCUCAGUAUGCUCGUUCUUUUGCCCUUAAAGAUCACAUAAAGUCAGUUCAUCCUGAAAUGGAUGUAGAAAUUGAGGAAUAUAUAAUUGAAACAGACAUGGACGGAACUAAUGGAGAAGAUAAUGAACUUUAUUCAGUUGUCAUGUCAUCAGAAUAAAGAAUUUUUAAGGAUUUAAUAAAAAGUGAAUUGAUUAUGUUAACCGACCGAAAUACAUUACUUUCCUAGAUACUUUCUUAGCUAGUUCUGGCCAUUGUACAACAAAAAGAUCAGUCAUGUACAAUAAAAUCCAGCCAGAUAAUGAUAAUGUCUUAACUCUACAGUAGCUUUCAAUAAAGACAAUGCGACAUGCUGAAUUGAUGUAAAAGACUUUUAAGAGAUAAGCAACAAUGCAAACGGGGACACAAAUUCCAGGUCCAUUGCAGAGAAUUAAGUUAGGUCUGCUGUGAUGAAGUAAUGGGAUACAAUCUAUGAAUGAUUUUAAUGUAGUAAAUAUUGAUGAGAAGUAGCUUUGAUGGACUUUCCGGCUUCUUGUGAUCACAUAAAUCUUGUAUUCACUUUUAUCAUUUUCUAUGCUUAAUAGCUUAUCAACCGAAUUCUGAUCAUUCUCAGACACAACAUAGAACCUUGGUACAUAUUUGUCUUUAUUCAAUUUUUUGACUAUUUCCAGCAUUUCUGUUGUGUGACCUGAAAUAAAAAAAAUAUUUUUAAGAUUUUAAGAAUGUGUCGGAAGUAAUCAAAACUCACCACCGGAUCCUAAUAUUAUCAUUGUAUUAGCACAAGCUUCAUUGAGAUAGUUUCUUUGAUGAAAGAAUGAUGAGAUACAUAGUGUAAUUACACGUCCAAUAGCAAAUCCAAUGAUUCCAAAAAAUAGCAGCAUAAACAUUGUGUCUAAUUCCUA